AUGGCGGCGCGCUGGCAGAACACAGACUUCCACAAAAAGAUUAAAACUGCGUUUAAAGCAUUUGACACCAAAGGGAACAACACCGUGGAUCAUCGAGAAAUCGGUACCAUUAUGUUUUCCCUGGGGUGCUUCCCCUCUCAGGCUGAAGUCCAUGAUGUCAUAGCGCAGGUAGAGGAGGAUGACACUUCAGCGUACAUUAGUCUGGAAAAGUUCCUUCCAGUCAUGACCAAAGUUUUAUUGGAGAAAAAGUUCCCUCCAACCCAAGAAGACAAACUUCUUCAAGCAUUUGAGGUUUUGGAUAAAAAGAAGAAAGGUUAUUUGGAAAAAGAAGAGCUAACAAAAUAUAUGAUGCAGGAAGGUGAGGCAUUUACUCAGAAGGAGAUGGACGAGAUGUUGACAGCAUUCACCGACCAAACGAACAAUGUCAUCCAUUACAAAGACCUGAUUGAUCAACACAUUUUUGAUAGUGACCUUUAG